CUCGGUACCAUGGACGAUAUUAUCACUUGACACAGUCGCAUAGAACAGAAGAAACGUGGAAAUGAUUCUGAGAUAGGAGCGUCGAGUGAGGCCUGGGAGGUCUGACGCCAGAGUCAACAGCGCGGAGAAGGGCAUACAAGGCAACUUUUUCCAUGUCUCGACGUCUCAGACAUGCGUGGCGGUCACCAACACUUCAGACCCUUUGUAUCACCAUGAUUCCCAAAACCAUCUUCAACAACUUCAGUCGAAUUUACUUUGCGAGAGUCAGACUUUUGUCUCUUUUCCACCUCUCACUUUCCAGGCAAUUUGUUUCUGACGUUGGGAAGAUAUGUAAUAAGACGGCGGCCCUUCAUUUCACGCACCCCACAACACCAUGCCCCGAGCACUGCAUGAUCGACACCACCAAGAAUCUUGGUGGGAAAUCCUUCUGCCUUGGGUCAAUAAUUGGAAUCUCGGGUCGGAUUGGCAACGACAAAGAAGCAUUUCAUUUUCUUCUACCGGGCCCGCAUGGGACUUUGGCGUUGAUCAAUCGGCCUAGAACGAAACAAUUUCAUGGUUUCGGAUUCUGGAGAGUCCAUGUCGAGAAGGGGAUAGUCUCGAUGCGAAUGCGAUUUCGACCAGGCAUCGCACUUUCAUACUCACAGCACAACAACAACCCUUCCAUCUCAAUCUUAUCAGAUCCUGCAAUUUCGCCUUGCAUUUCCGCCGUCACCAACAUACAUACACCUUUUGCUCUCUCUCUCUCCAUCUUUUCUUCUUUGCUUUCUCCAACACAUGAGCUCAAGUCUCAAAGGUCACACAAAGUAAACCCUGGACCCUUUAGCCCGCCCGUCCGUCCUUUCCUCGUCAGACCUUCCCAGUCCGUCCUACAUCGUAUCAAGACACCCAAUGUGACACCAAAUCUCCGCUUGCCCAUCACGUGUCGCCGCGAGCACGGCCAAGUCGUUCAUCCGAGUCCUCCCAUUAUUCUUCUAUGUGACGCGCGGCAAGGUGGUAGCACGGUGUGACGGGCGCGGUCUCGGUGAGUCUCGUUUCCUCAUUGUUAUUGACCCAAACGCGAGAUUUCAUACACGUAGGAUUAUAUUGAACACACGCUCAGGCGCCGGCUCGA